GCGAUGAGUGACGGAGAUUUCUUUUGCAGUGAAUGGCUGGUGACGAAAGCAGCCGACUAUGACUUCUCUGCACCGUCGAUUGGCUAUUGCUCAGUGGUUAUUCACAGAUGUUGAGAAUUAUAUUUAAGAAACUGCGAUGGGCUGACUCGUCGUCAUUCGAUCUUCGCCACAAGCGGGAACAGUUGUCUUGUAGCUACCUACUGACCGUCUGAUCUAUCGGGUUUUCUUGAGCAAGAUACUCAGCAAUUCACGCUGUUUGUUAAGCUCCGUAGUCCCGAGAUUAAACGCUGUUUGUUGUAGCUUCAUCUCGACAAGGCCGAAUUGAGAAAGUUGUCAAUCUUCUCUUGCCAGAAUCACCAACUUCUUGAGAAAUCAAUCAUGUUCCCGCAGGAGUGCAAAUCAAGCCACCAUGCCCUUGUGCGUGCCAUCAGGUCUGCUCGCCACCGUCAGGUUGGGAUGCUCUUGGCUGCAGGUACCGGUCCCAACGAGAGAGACGAAUGCGGUAAGACACCCCUCAUCCAUGCCAUCUUCAUUGAGGACCCUAAAGAGCGCAAUAAGAUCACCAAGAUGCUGCUCAAGAAGGGUGCCAUUGUGUCCAUUGCUGAUGCCACCGGUAGGUGUGCCCUAAUGUGGGCGUGUCUACAGGGAAAGGACCAGGAGGUGGAACUCCUGCUUCAGUACAGGGACUCCAACUUGGACUUGAAUCAUAAUGACGUCAGUGGACGCACCGCACUGUUUCACGCCGCUACAUCAGGCAGUGCAGCUUCGGUUAAACUGAUGGUGGAUUCACUGGUCGAGUUGGGAUCGAGCGUCGACGUCACCGACUUUAACGGUGUCACCCCUCUCAUGCAAGCCCUCAGCAUGGGAUUCGACGUCUGUGCAACGAUCCUCAUCAGACAGGGAAAGGCCUCCACCACCGUGUCCGAUUCCAGCUUCCUGAGUGCGUUCGACUGGGCCAAACAAACCCGUGGAUCGUCGAAGAGCUCUCGAUUACAACUCCCCAAGAUCGCAGAGUCCAAGACCGGCGUGACCGACAGGCGUCGGAGCAGCGGGCUCUGCAGGAUGUGCGCCAGGGUGUCGUCAGUCGUCGAGACCGAGUUCGACUCGUGCUACGGGUCCGAGUCCUCAUGGUGCGAAGACAUGGCCGACACUGACACCAGAAAGGGCUCCCAGUCUUUCAGUGACGAUGAUAUAUUUGACAUGACAUCCCUCUCCCUGGCUGAUUACUCUCCAAAGAGAAAAACAUCACGAGCAGAUUCCGGGACAGAGAGUAUGACCGAGAGCUGUGGACUGCCUUCACUCAACCAACGACCAGGAUCAGCAGUGAGACGUCCAAAGACACACGUUCGCCGAAACACCGUUUCCGGAAGACUCGGCGAUAUCCGAGAGGGCGCCGCCAACGACGAUGUCUUUUUUGACGACGAGGAUCGCCACUCAGCUCUGUCCGACCAAUCAGAGAUGAGGAGAAAGCACGGCUUCCCGAUGAUUUCAGAAGGAAGGUUCUCAUUGGCUUCACGAGCCGACGGGAGUUCAAGACCACUUUCUGAACUUCGUGCGCAGAUCGACAAACUUCUUUGUUAAGAUAAGAUAUUCUUCCGUUUUGUUUGUAACUUGCAAUAUUUGAUGUAAAAGAUGGUUAACUCUAAGCAUAAAACCAACCAAGUCCACAAAUUAAAAAGGUGCUACUUGAAAGAAAUGUUAAUUUUCUGGAACUUUGUAUCCACUUUUUAUUUCGUUGAUUGAACAAAUUCGUAUAACGAUUUUUUUCAAUAAUAUAAUCUUAAUAAUGAUACCAUUUACAAAAAGGUUUUUGAUAAUAUAAACUCGUUGAUUUAAUUCUAAAAUAAACUAAAAUCUCAUGUUUGAAAAAAAUAUCUUUCACACAGUGAACAUCAAACCUCUUUAAUUGCAGUGUUUAUAACUCUUGCCAAACAGUGAACAAAAAGUGCAUCUUUCACAAAGUGUAACAUUUAAAUAUUCUUUGUUCAACCCCAAAAAUCAUUUAAAUAUUUGUUAAAAGCUUUAAAACUGGCAUUAACAAUAGUAAUUUUUUCGUUCAAAUGCGCUUUAAUGAUCACAUCAACUUGAAAAAUAAAACCCGCAAAAAAAUGUUGUACAACAUUAUUAUAGGAAAAUUGCCUUAUGUACUUUUCUGUUGGUGUGGUUUUAAAAGUCACCAGUGUGUUCGUUUUUAAGGAAUAUUUUUAAUGUGUUGUGUGUGAAAAUAAUGAAUCAUCAUUCAGGUCAUAAAGCUGCUUAGCUUUAUAAAAAAAACUGCUAAGCAAUUAUUUCUGCCAAGUAAUCUUAUCAGGGCACCUAUUAUAAAACAAAAUUAAUUUAGAAUUUGCUUAUGCGCUACAGAAGGAAUUGAGAGCAGAGAAAAUCCUGUUUAGCAGAAACAGGAUACCAGUCAGAAGACAUUUGUACCAAAACUUUUUGUGGUUGGCUCUCAAGCACUUAAUUUGCUAAAUAUUCCACGAUAAGCAGCUUUAUGACAUUUUUAACUUCUUGAUUCUUCUGUAAAUAGUUUUUAAAAGUUUACUAAACACUUACCAGUGUAUAAAAUGUCACUGCCAUUUUUUGUCUUAAAAGUUUGUUUAAAAACCAAAAUGGUGUCAAACACCGGUGUAAUGAGAUCCAAUUAAUCUUCAUUUUUUGUUGGACCAAAAACAAAAUAUGUAUUACGCACAAGUGUUAAUUUAAUUUAAUUCAAACGAGUUGUCUCAAUAAUUUAAUUUGUAAAACUUUAGAAAACCUGUUUUGACACUUAAGAGAAAAAACAUAACCUGGGAUUUACUCUUUUUAUAUCUAAGCCUAGAGAUAAUCCAAACUGAAAUGAAAUAAAAAACAAAAAAAUUAUUUCAGUUUAACAUAUAUAUAUAUAAUAUUUUCCUCGUAAAAUUUAAUGUCCAGAAAAAACCCAAUCUAAAUCAGCACUUUAACUCAUCACAACGUGACAUGUAAACUAUGACCUUUGACAUAGAUAUACAAUUUUUGGAUCUUUAACAUUUAGCAUACAACCUGUUUUGUUUCCAUCAUCAAUAAUUAACAGCAGUUUUCACCAAGAAAAUGAGGAGAAAAAAGUGACAAAUAGCUGGCACUUUUAUUUCUCUAAUUCGUUUCCAAAACCUAAAGAAGAAAAACACACACUAGCAGUUUUGUGGUCGUAAUCUACCAAUGUCAAUUGUUUGCGUUUGAUUUUGUAAUAUACAUAAAUGUACAUGGUGUAGAUACAAUGUAUUAAAAAGGGAUGUAAAAAGUGUUUUCGUUUUUCAGAUAUUUGUACCAGAUUUGUAAAAAAGAAAAGCAAAAAAACUAUAAAAAAAAACACCAAGAUGUAUAUAUACAAUCAUACAAUUGUAAAAAAUACAGGAAUGUAAAUACAUGUAUAUAUCUGGUUUGAUUAUUGUACAAUAAAAGCUGACAAACUUA